CAUUUUGUAUUACAGCUCGCCGUCCUGUCUUACCUCAUCAUCUCUACCACGUGCACAGUUCUACACCAAGCUCCGCUACCGAUAUAUUUGGACCUCCAAUACCAUGAGACACCAUCUGUCCCGAACUACAACUUCGCGUACGAAGUGAACGAUCCCCACACUGGUGACAUCAAGAACCAGCACGAAAGCAGACGUGGAGACAUAGUCCAAGGACAGUACUCGUUGGUUCAACCUGAUGGCGUCAGAAGGACAGUGGACUACCGAGCUGAUGAGCACACAGGGUUCCACGCUACAGUCAACAACGAAGGCAGGCCUCUUGCCCACCCGACCCUGGAAACCGCACCUCAAGAAGAAGCACCUAGGCAACCCAAUCUAGCUCUCCACAUCAGCUACCCAUGGCCGACCCCUGCUGUGUCCACCACCAGCCCUGCUCCAGUAGCCAUUUCUAGGACAUCCUUUCAACAGACCAUUUCCAACGUGCACCCAAAUAAUCCUUGGCUGUGAAUUCCAUGAAAUCAAUGAAGCGUAAAUUUAAAAGGCGACGACAACGGACACCGAUGAAAUUGAAUACCUUGCUUAUUCCUUACCGUCUCAAUGUCGACACUUUCGUAGCUAUCAAACAAAGAGUUUAUUAGUGUAGUUGAAAACGUUUGUCGAUGAAUGGAAUGGUAAUGAGUAUAAUUGGUGACCGGACCGGUUAACCUUCGAGUACCCGGCGAGGGAAAUUGCCCUAUAACGCCAGUUCUAUGCGCUAACCUUUGUAAUCCUUUAAACAUUUAUGUUGCAUAA